UUUAUUUCAAGGAGAAGGAGAAAACAAUUUAUGGAUGUGAGAAUAAUAAAAUGCGCAUUUACUUAUUUAUUUAUUAACUUAUUGUGAGUUUUUUUAAUUAGAAUGUGGACUAGUGCUUUCGUAAAUUGCUGCAAUGAAUAUACGGUAGUUGAUAAUUUGCUGUUACAGUGUUGUUUCAUCUUGCUGUAGAACUCAGUUUUUUGAUCGUGGUUUGCUGUAUUUACAUUCGUACACAUGGCGAAGCGACGGAUUGAUAUAAUUGACCCGUAUAUUACGAAGAAACAGAGUAAAUCUUUUGAACUCGGAGAAGCCAGUGGGUCGAGUAGAUUUCAAAAACCUUCGCUCUCCGUCCAGACAAAUCCGUUUACUGGUCUACCUUAUACACCGAGAUACUAUGAAUUCCUUAAGAAACGAUUGUCAUUGCCAGUUUUCGAAUACCGUGAAGAGUUUAUGAGAUUGCUCGCUCAAAACCAAGUUAUCGUAUUGGUCGGUGAAACUGGUUCUGGUAAAACAACUCAAAUACCACAAUGGUGCGUGGAAUUCUCUCGAUCUAUGGGCAAAAAAUCGGUAGCAUGUACACAACCGAGAAGAGUAGCUGCUAUGUCGGUAGCUCAACGUGUAUCCGAAGAAAUGGACGUGUGUUUGGGUCAAGAAGUCGGUUAUUGUAUCAGAUUUGAAGAUUGCUCAUCAGCCAAGACUUGUUUAAAGUACAUGACUGAUGGUAUGUUACUUCGUGAAGGCAUGUCAGAUCCUAUGCUCGAAAACUAUCAAGUUAUAUUACUCGACGAAGCUCACGAAAGAACUUUGGCUACCGAUAUACUUAUGGGUGUUUUGAAAGAGAUUAUUAAACAAAGAGCUGAUUUGAAAUUGGUUAUUAUGUCUGCUACUUUGGAUGCUGGUAAAUUUCAACAAUAUUUUGAUAACGCUCCUCUUAUGAACGUACCCGGACGAACCCAUCCUGUAGAAAUCUUCUACACACCCGAACCAGAACGUGAUUAUUUAGAAGCUGCGAUCAGAACAGUAAUACAAAUCCAUAUGUGCGAAGAAGUUGCCGGUGAUGUGUUGCUUUUCUUAACUGGACAAGAAGAAAUUGAAGAAGCUUGUAAACGAAUAAAACGCGAAAUUGAUAAUCUUGGGCCGGAUGUCGGUGAUUUAAAAUGUAUCCCGUUGUAUUCGACAUUGCCACCGAAUCUACAACAACGUAUUUUUGAGCCAGCACCUCCGAAUAAAUCGAACGGUGCUAUUGGAAGGAAAGUGGUAGUAUCAACCAAUAUCGCCGAAACAUCUCUAACCAUCGAUGGUGUCGUGUUUGUAAUUGAUCCAGGAUUCGCUAAACAAAAAGUGUAUAAUCCCAGAAUUCGAGUAGAGUCUUUGCUCGUGUCACCGAUUAGUAAAGCUUCUGCGCAACAAAGAGCCGGUCGUGCUGGACGUACCAGGCCAGGAAAAUGUUUCAGAUUGUAUACGGAAAAAGCGUACAAAAACGAGAUGCAAGAUAACACGUAUCCUGAAAUUUUAAGAUCGAAUUUGGGAUCAGUGGUGCUUCAAUUGAAAAAACUCGGAAUCGACGACCUGGUUCAUUUUGAUUUCAUGGAUCCUCCUGCUCCAGAAACUUUGAUGAGAGCUUUGGAAUUACUGAAUUAUCUCGCAGCCUUGGACGACGAUGGUAACUUGACCGAUUUAGGAUCAGUUAUGGCAGAAUUUCCGCUAGAUCCACAGCUGGCUAAAAUGUUGAUUGCAUCUUGCACCUUGAAUUGUUCCAACGAAAUAUUAUCCAUCACAGCCAUGUUGUCAGUUCCACAGUGUUUCGUCAGACCCAAUGAAGCGAAAAAACCAGCCGAUGAUGCUAAAAUGAGAUUCGCUCAUAUCGACGGUGAUCAUCUGACGUUGCUGAAUGUGUAUCACGCUUUCAAACAGAAUGCCGAAGACCCUCAAUGGUGUUACGAUAAUUUCAUUAAUUAUCGGUCUCUCAAAUCGGGAGAUAACGUUAGACAACAGUUAUCACGUAUUAUGGAUCGGUUCAAGUUACGAAGAACGUCGACCGAUUUCACAUCCAAAGAUUACUACGUCAACAUUAGGAAAGCUUUGGUGACCGGAUUCUUCAUGCAGGUCGCACAUUUAGAACGUGCUGGACACUAUUUGACCAUCAAAGAUAAUCAAGUUGUACAGCUGCAUCCAUCCACCUGUUUGGAUCAUAAGCCCGAAUGGGUUAUUUAUAACGAAUUCGUAUUAACGACCAAAAACUACAUUAGAACUGUGACCGAUGUCAAACCUGAAUGGCUAUUAAAACAAGCUCCUCAGUACUACGAUCUCGAUAAUUUCCCAACUUGCGAAGCAAAAAAACAGCUGGACCAGAUUCGAGACCGAAUGGAAUCGAGACAGUAUCAAGAGAAAUUUUAAAUAGCGUUAUCCAUCGUCGAUGUAUUGUUUGUAUUCGUGUUUAGGUUAUUAUUUAUUGUUUAUGGAAUCGAAAAAGGUCCUUGGAGUAGGACCUUGGACGUAAAAGACCCUUCUUGUUCACGACGCGAGUUCAGUAGGAACACUGUUCAGUUACAUGAGAGAAAUUCAAAGUAUUUUUGGUGUUUCAAGCGAGAUUUUCCAUUUUGUAUUUUUUAUUUUUCUGAACGAAGCUUCACGAGUCACCACACGUGGUUUUUCUUGUUUUUAUGUCACGCCCAGCACUUAAUUUUUUCAACUCUUUAUUCCGAUCGUAGAAAUGAAAUUUUCUGUGUUCGUGUGACGAGGAUUUUCGGUGUAUUACUUCAUGAAAUAUUUUAUCGGUUUAAUGAUUCGUUUAUGUUCCUACUUGGCGCGUUGUUUUCAUGGUUUCAGUUAAAGAAUAGGUAUAAUAAGGAUGUAAUUGUGUAAUUUUCAUUUUGUACACAUUGAUUUAAUAGUAAGAAAUGCUUUAAUAUAAUGUUUCCAUAUUUAAA